GGCCACCUGGCGACGAUGUCUGUUGUUUCUGCAAGCGUUUCUGCGUCUGCGACCCGCCGACCCGCUUCCUAGCAUUGUCACGUGUUCCAAAACAACAAACCGAGCGACCGAAAGUCUGAAAAUGCUCUACUUGACUCGUUGGUUGUUUUGCUCCAUAAAUGUGCGAUAACAGCGUGCCAAAUUUUUAGGACGUAUCAGAUGAAGAACCAUGGAGACCGCAGAUCUGGAAGAAAUGCCGGCGACGCUGGAGGCCAACUGCGUCUAUGUGCAGAUGAAAAAACAGUACCGCGUUUCGAGGUACAUCCGCGCGCAGUGGUUCGUCAGCCAGAUCGGAAAGACCAUACAGCCCAAACAACCCAAACAGCAGACUGAAGGUGAAAUCAGCGGAGAAGUUGAAGUACUUUCCGCGAUCCCGCGCGUCUGCCCCGCGGGCUGGUGUCCCGAGAGGGCCCACGAGUUCACCUACCUCGUCACUCCGGCCACCAAGGUCACCUUUCUUGCCAAGAAGUACCGCUUCGUCUUCUGCCUCGACCUCAGCGCCUCCGUGGCGACCGUGGACAUACGAAGCGAAACGCUCCUCUUCGACGAAGUCCUGUCCACACUUUCCCGAUGCAUCGAGAAACUCGUGAUGCCCUUUUAUGUCCCUGGAAGCUGCCUCGUCUUCCAGCCAGAGAUCUAUGUCACUGUCAUCGCUUACAUCCCUCACUAUACUCCAGCCGUCCAGCAGGUCUUGAUCCAGGGAUGGCCGCUCACACUGGACAACUGGACGCUGUUCCAGACUCACGUGGAGGCGGGGCUGCGCGAAAUCUGCAUCGUCCUCGCUGAGGCGACAGCCGGAGUCGCCGAACUGCACGAUCAGCUCAGGCUGCAGUCGGAGAAGCUGACGGGGGGCCUGUUCGAGGAGGGCGAGGAACAGCCGGCCCCGACAUCGCUGGUCAACAUGGCCCCCUCGGACGUGAGCACCCUCGGCAUGCUCAAGUACGGGAUGCUUGCCCUGCAGCUGCUGCCCGAGAACAGCAGCGCAGGGAUCGUGGUGAUCACGGACGGGGUGAUCAGCCUUCCCAACGGGCUUCAGCUGGAGUCGCUCUUGGGCAACCUGCGUAGCGGCACGGUGGCCUGCUCCUUCCUGCAGCUGGGCGGUCGCUACCACGCCAAGUGCUGCCUGGGCUAUGUGCCCUACGACGACCUCAUGCGCUUCAUCGCCAAGGCCACUUUUGGGGCAUUCCUCGACAACUGCCUUUCCCUGGGUAACCGGACUACGGAGCCGGAAGCGGUGAACAUCUUCCACAGAGCCCUGCUCUUCUGGAGUUUCCAGGAAGAGUCGAUCAACGGACGCCUGGAGCUCGCCACCGACGUCGAACCCCAGUACAAGUUCUUUGCGGAGGGCAGCAGCGCGUUCAACAAGCAGUGCCAGAGCAGCGUCAAGCCUAUGCGGAAAAAGAACUCCGAGGGCACUCUGGCAACCUCACUCUCAAGCGUCCUCUCCUGCAAGCUCAGGGAGGGCUACGCUCUGAGGAGCAUCUCCACUUCCAAGGGGGAGUUAGAAAUCAAGCUGGUGCUCCCAUGGAAGUUUGACGUGAACCUCGAAUACGUCGUCAUGGUUCCCUGGCCGGCAUCAAACAAGAGCAGGGAAUCACCAAGCGGAGACAGCCAGCAGAAGCAGCGUCCCGGCUGCAAGUUCGAGGUGUACGUGGAGGCGAGCUACGAUUUCCUGCACGACGUGACCUGCGAAAACUUUAAAAGCAACAAGGCCAGGAGUCCCCACCGCAUCCUGGUCACCCAGCAGUACUGGAACACCCUCAAAAACAUUUCCAGCAACGACCAGCUGCUGGUCCACCUCCACUCAUUCAACCAGAACCCCGUCUACUACUCGGUUCCCGAGAAUUUCCGCAACGGCGUGCCGCUCUUCAACCUGCUGCACAGCGGGGGUUCAUCGGGCCACCUUGUCCCGUCGUCCACCGUGCGGAACAACAGCGCACAAGCUCCUUUUGUGGCGUUCUGGAAACCCGUCUGCAUGCUGGAUGUGAACAUCUGGCAACGCUGGGUGCACGUUCACCGCAUCAGCCUGCUGCUGGAGCAUGACCUACCGCUACCCCGUCACCUUCAGCAGCCCAACAGCAGCGGGCGCUACGACCCCGUGCAGUGCCGUCAGGCGCUGAACCGCCUCGCCACUCUGCUGCGCGAUCGCUCGAGCUUUGUGCUGGCUGAGGGACACGCCUACAUCACUUUCCUCUACGGCGGGGAUGGCGACAAGCCCGUGUCGUUCUACGUGACCCGCGUGACCUACAAGGCACCCUGCAUGGUGAUACGCUUCGCCUUUCUCGGCGGCACCCCCGGGGACGAACGCAACGCUAUUGUGAAGGAGCUGACUGACCAGAUCCUUAGUCUGGAGCUGAGCAAGCGACUGGCCAAGGAUUCCGGCUCCGACAGUGGCUCCUGCCUCCGGCUUCCGAAACCCCGGACUUACCAGAAGGCCAGCUGCUGCAUCCUCUUCCGCAAGCCGCUCGAGCGCAUCCUCAUCAGGCACGAAAAGAUGCCGAGGGACGUCCUCAGCAUGACUGCUGCAGUUCCGGACUCGGUGGUUCUCCUGGGCCACCAGCGAAUCUCUGGCACGCCGACAACUCGGAAGGGUGCCACGGGGGGCACUCCGGCAGGUGCCGCCGUGGACCCCACGAGCCAGCUGAGCCGCUACCUGCACCACCGGCGCUGGGUCUGGACCGUGCAGCGCCUCGUCAACGUGCCCUUGCCCCUGCACGCCGUCACCCGGAUUCUCAAGACGCUCGCCAAAAUGCGACUGGAAGAAGGCUUCCACUUCGCCCACUCCAGUUCGGGAAUCCUAAACAUGGCUUUGGAGAUUGAAAUGAAGAACACGGUCACCGCGGAUUUGUCUGACUCGUCACUGCUGCCCUGCGUGGUGCAGUACGUCCUCUUCCCUCCUCACUCCAACACCUCGAUCCGAGAAAGCCUGUCGGACGACGAAGACAACGAAGUGGAGACUGCGGAGGCGGAUGGCGAACUUCAGCUGGUGACGGAGUGCUGGGUGGAGCCCCAGUGCGGUGUCGUGGUCAACUGCCCUGUGUCCUGCUCCUACCUCGAAGGGAAACAGUACACCGACAUCCCCAAGGCGCUGUUUGAGAAGGAUUUCGAGUGCCUGUCGUCCCUGAUCACGCUCGAGCACCUGAACCUGAGCUGCGUGAAGCCGGAGCUGCCCUGUCCCAGUGCGCACUCUCAAAGGCUGCCCCCGACACCCCCUGUUACUCCCGCCCUGGGACCUCAGCUCUCGCUCGGAGCACGCUCCACGCCGGACGUGACGUUUGUCCAGACGCUGUCACUGCCUCAGCCCGUGGCCCCCGAGCCUACGGUGGGCCUGAUCCCGUUCUGCUUUAGCAUCAUUAAGCUGCUGUCCAAGUGUCAGCAAACUGAAAUUCUACUUUCUACUUUUGUUCAAGAGCUGACACCGACCGAGCUCGACAACUGCGGCGGUCACGCGGGUUUGGGUCUGAACGGCCGGCCCACCCCCGAGCCCAACGACAUCCUUUAUGACCAGCUGCUGGAGAACCUGCAAGCCCUGCACGACCAAGAGAUUCCGUUGACACACGACGAGAAUGCCGUGUUCCCCAACGAGAUUCACAACCGUCCCCGAGACGUCCACGCCCACGGCAUGCCUUUCGACUUGCCCCCUGUUGACCUGCCACCCGUCUUGUGGCGCUGCUUCGUGGCCAGCUUCUCGGGCGUCGACGGGAGCGAGCACCCGUCGCCCAACUCCCACGUGGUGCUCUGCUUCCUCCCAGCGUCCUACUCGAACUUGCGGCGCCUCAUGAUGCCGCGGACGACCGCCCCUCCCGUCACGAACGUGCAGGGCCGACCCGCCAACUGGCACAGCCCACCGCCAGGAGACUACUCUCUGCUCCGCACCGAGUCGUCCUCGGACGCAGUCUUGCCUUCGGAGUCCACCGCCGGAGCCACUUCCACGCCGCUUCAAAGCAGACGACCAUCCUCGCCCUUCAGUGCGUCGGAAGGUGACCUCCACCAGCUCGGGUCCGCGCGUUCGGAGCCCGCGCUGUUGUCGGCGUGCUCCGACCUCGCGGGAGGUCGCGCGUCGCCGCAGCGGCGGCUGUCGAUCGAGGCCGUUGAACCCUGCGAGGUCAACGAUCUCAAUUCAACGAUGUCCGAGUGGGCGCCCCCUCACCCUCCCGCGGUGUCGACUCCGCUUGGCGGACAGGCAGGCGCAGAGGAGGUGGCUCGUCGGGUAGAGAGGGUGUCGAUCGCCCUGCCCGUUUAUGUGUACGACGCGCCGGUGUCGGCGGUGAUCGGCCGCCUCGUUUACACGGGCGGGGUGCGAAAGUGGAAGGACACCUACCUGGAUCUCACCCUGAAGGCGGAAGAGGAGAGACCGUGCUCUGUAGAUCCGGGCUGGCUGGAGAACAGGCCGGAAGGAAUUGAAGGAUCCCUCUACAAGACGGUAUCCCCUGAACCAAAAUCAGACGACUCCGAGAUCGGUGGCGACCGGUUCCUCGCAAGAAAGCACUGCUCCCGCUUGCGCAAGGCGUUCUCCAAGAGCUUUGUCUACGGCGUGUUCAGGGCGCUCCGCGAGGGCCUUCCAGUGGACACUCAGGAUGUGAGCACGGUGGUGGAAGACGCCUGCGAGGAGACCAUCCUAACGGUGGACAUCACGGAGUUCCUCCAGUCUAUCUGUGGACACACGCGGGACUUCCGCAUCAAGACCACAGUGGAGCAUUCCCACCGUGCCUGCGGGAGCAGCCAGGAUGGCGCCCCGCAGCAGACGACGCUGGCGACUUCCGACGCCUCGGCAACAUUGAAGGAAUUUGUCGACGACCACCCAGACUGCCAGCUCAGCACCGACGGUGCCAGCAGCCCAUUCCCAGUGAACCUGCUGGAGCGCCACCACCCGUGCGAGCUGGUGCAGCAGCUCCACCUGAGCAUCAAGCAGCGCUUCCAGGAACUCCUUGAGGAAGUCUUCCAGCGGAUUCCCUCCCACCCGGACUACUACUACUUCUGCCCGCCCCGCCAGUCCGUCGGGACGUGGGGCCCCAAGGACGAAGGCGGCGGUGCCAACGGUGCAGGCGACGCCAAUCGCGAGGACGAGGCUCAUCUGUACGACUGGGACGACACAGACACGGACCGAUCGCACAACGUCGAGUUUUCCAUGGACGCCGAACCCAUCGGCGAUCCGUGCCCGUCGACGAACGCUGCGGCCAAGGACGCCGUAGGCGACGGGGUGGCGGAGGUCGUCAGCGUGGCUUCAUGUACUACCGAGGUCGGGUCGGCGACCUCCAAGAUGUCGCUGGAAGAAGACGCGGAAGAGGACGAUGAAGACGAAGAAGUGAUGGAGACAAUUAGGGAGGCGGAACCGACGGUGCCGCCGCUCUUUGCGCACCUGACGUGCCUCGUCAAGACAGGGUCGAGGGCUGGCUCCUGUUCCCUGACGACUCUGCCAACAUGUCUCGGCGAAGUGAUCGACUGCUUGGACAACUCGCAGCCCACGCUGGACCUGGAGGACGUCAAGAUCCGGCUGGACUUCCUCUGCCUCACGCUUCCGCCGGAUGUGGAGAGGUUGUCCUCUGGGAGAACCCGCCACCCCUCCCCCUCCUCGCCAAACAUGGACGCCGAGGGUCAGCAUGCUGAUGACGACGCCGACAGCGUUGCUUCCCUCAGUUAUCAGCUGGAGUCGCCCAGGGAUCCACUGCGCCACCUGCCUGAUUUUCAGAACCAAGUGAUCAGCAAGUGCAUUGAAAAGAUGAAAUGGAUGCUGCGGGACGAAAUGGCGUCGGCCGCCCUCGGCAGCUUCCCGUUGACAGCUGCAGCGCUCCAUAUGGUGUCGGAGCACGUGCAGAUGACCGCACGUGCGCGGAGCACGACGCGUCUCCACGCGGCCACGGGAGCUCCCGGCUGCCAGGUGCGCAAAGUCCCGCUGCAGUUCGUCUUCGGGCCCGAACAGAGCUUUGGGAAGUUCCUACAGGAGUUCAAGCAGAUCUCCCUUCCCGGUUACCGUCUGGAACAAGUGGACAGGGAGUUCUUCUGCCUGGUCUUGGACGACAAGGACUCCAAAGUCGUCAGGCGCCCCUUCGGAUCUCUAGUUCCGCCGCUAGGGCUGAGCAGCAAGGCACUGGCAAGCUCGCUUGAGCGUGACGACGAGGAUGAUGCUGUCAGAGAAACGAGGAGCUCUCGCCAGAAAGGCGCCGCUGCUGCAUCCAAACUCUCGGACGAAGACGAAUCAGAAACCGGCGAAGGCAGAGCUCUGCAGAACACUUCGUUUCGAACACGGCGACGGCAAGUGAACCGCAGCAUCCGUGCCAGGAGCGCUGACGGCAGAAACGACCAAGCCCUGUCGGCGCCGCUAGACCCUUCACUAGCCGUGGACGAAAACUCCAAGGGAGGUGCCAGGACCCCGGGCAAGUCGUGCCCUUCGGAACUUCUGGACCUGUGCCGAGUCCUUAGGGAAGAGGCGCAGACUCGGGGCAAGGAGGACAUGGGAGAGAGUCGGGGCAUGUCCGCGGAGACCGUCGCUCAGGAGCCGAGUGUUCCCGAAAAGCUGCCGGACCCCGGGCUGCCCGAGACGGCGGAGCCCUUCCGAGACCGCACAGACAGCCUGGCCUCUUCCCUGGGUCCAGCGGGUUUCCGAAACACGGCGCAGGUGCUGGAGUCAACGCGAUCCACGCCCAACGCCCUGAGCGAACCGGAGGCCGGGGGUCAAGUCAGCAACACCGAAGACGGUUACGACGGAGACAGCAGCGAGUCGGACAGCGACCGUGAUUGGAUGAGCGCUCUGGACACCCAGCGACCUCACCUGCCACCCUUCUGGCUCAUUUUGUGUCCUUUUCUCGACCGUGUCGACGUCUUCUUUCAUGUCAGGGAGCAGCCGGAGGAAAGCGUAGAGCUCAAGCAGGGGCUGGUGGUGUUUGAACGUGUCAUCGGGAUCAUUCAGGACACCUGCAAAAUUGUCAACCAGAUCCUGCUGCUGCAGCACCUGAACAACACGCGCAUGUGCAAUCGUCUGCUGGUCCCAGAAGCUGCCGAAGACAUCUGGAGUCGUGACACUGAGGUCGCUCUGCAUUCGGCCUAUGAUGGAGACGGAAUUGGAGACGGUCAGGGAGACUACCUGGAGGCUACCCUCAAGUUUAAGCCCGGAGCCUUCGACUGCAGCGUCGUCUGGUCUACCCAUUUUAGUCUACACCCGCGGCUCAACAUGGGACCUGGUCGUAGCGGCGUAUCGAGAGGUUUACAAGCACUGCGGGCAGUUCUGACUGGAUUCUCGGUCAACAACCGGAAGAACAUGUUCGUCUACCAGGAGAACUCCGGCCCCGUGUUCUAUCUGCGGCUUCACGAGACGCAGUGCCACAAGCGGCACGGUCGGGCAGACGAUGAUAUAUCCCUCUCAGGCUCGAGAAGCUCCUCGCUCGUCAGCCUCGUACAAAAGAAGCCAGGCGCGGAUCAGGAGGAGGAAUUCGACUUCCGUCCCCGCCUGAGUUCGGGGCACUCGGACCGAGACCAGUCGCACGACACCGUCAGCGUGACCUCGCACGCUUCCGGCAGCCGCAGCAAGCCCCAGCAGUGCGUGGUCAUGCACGUCCACGGGAUCGUGCAGCCAGGUUUUGCCAUCAAGGAGGAGCUGGUGUCGGUAAUGCAGAACAAACUCGACGAUGCGGUCCUCGAAGUGUUGACGACCACAUUGGGGCGCAAUCGCUCGUGCAACCUCACGCUGGACGAUGUCCAGUUCAUUCAGAAGCCGCAGCGGGAGCCGACGCUGCAGCUGUACUGCACAGUGCAGGCGCAGCUGCUACCCUACCUGCAGGCCAUGAUGGAGUACCUGCGCCAGGACCUGCACAACUUUCUCUACACCCCCAAGUACACCGACCCCAAGCCAGAGAACCACUUCAAGCCCUAUGUUGAGCACCCUGCUCACGCACUGUGCCACAAGGACGAAGAUGUCUUCCUCUUCAUCCGCUUCAAGCAGGGAACGCCAAGCAACGGUAUUGCCUGCAUCAUCCUGUCAAUGGUGGACGCCCAAGGCCGCCCCGUCCAGUUCCUCAGCUGCCCGCUUCCCAAGGCUGGGGCCUUCAGCGGCACCGAGGCCCCCACAGAGUUCAAAGACGUCUUGUUCCUCUCGCACGAGCAGGUCGGCGAAGUCGGCGCCGACGGCACGCCCGGUCCGAUGGCGAUGAUCCGCUUCCAGCUGUGGUGCCUGGGUAAAGACUAUGUGGACCAGCUGGUCCGCAGGAUGCAGAGUGCAGUGCAGCAUGCCUACUGGGACGUGCUCAUGGAGUACCAGCUGCUCACCUGUCCCGUGUUCCAGGAGCCCCACGACGAACCCGCCUGCUUCAGUGAACCCCCGACGCCUGUCAAAGUGCGGCGGACGGGUCGUGUGGUGGCAGAGCAGGUACGGGACAAGCCGUUCCUUUUUGGGAUGUUUGCGUCGCGGACAAAGGAGAUGUCGUCGUCGGUGCCGGACAUGACUGAGAGGAUCAAGUCGCCCAAGGAAACGUCUACCGAGUUCAAUUUCUCGGAUGCACUGUUCAACGAAGCGGGGCCUUCGGUGCCAACAAUGAUGCACCUGAGCCCGGGGAGGUCGCUGGACGCAGAGUCUGCGCCGACGGACGACUGGACCACCGCUGGCGCCAAGAAGCUGAACCCCGCGUUCCAUCAGGCCGUUCGCUCGUUCUUGGAGGGCGGCGUUGCAGUCGGCGUUCCGAGCCUCUCCGUUCACCCAUGCACGGUAAAGGCUCGUCGGGCGAUACCCCUGGUCCUCAAGGAGCUCCAGCACGGGCUCAAGAACCUGGCGCCCGAGAUCUCGCUUGCCAUGUUCGCGGAGGAAAGCGGCAAGGGGAGGCGCAUCAGCCGGCACCCCGAGUUCAUCAACUUCAACCCGCUGAACAAGCUGAGCAUGUUUCCUGAGAAACACGUGGAAGGCGUGCCCCCCGGCAGCAGCCAGCGCUUCAUUGUGGUUGGCCGAGACGUCGCCCAAUGGCAAGCCUUCAUGGGGGUGGCCAGCCUCUCUGCCUUCUUGGAGACCUCUCGCGUCACCAAGAGCCACAAGUCGACGCAGAUGUUUGAGCCGCACCUGCUGUCGAUGCCAAACCUCCUGGACGUGCCGGCCGUCAGCCGAACGCCCGGCACGCCGUCGUCGGCGCCGUCGUCUGCACCGCCCGUACACGGCGCUCCUCCGGAAAAAGCAAAAACGCCGGGAGCGGAGACGAAAGUGCCCGCCCUCAUUCCGCGCCAACGCCUGCUCUACCUCAUCGUCGAGGAUAAGACGUUGACCCUGUACCUGUACAACUGGACUUCUGAGCUGGGGCAGGAGCUGUCUCGUCUGCUCCUCCAGCUGGCAGAGUGGCAAGACCUCAGGGGGGACCUGCUGCGGAGCCUGACCUGUCAAAAGAUGGGGGUGUUCUUCAACCAACCGCUCGGGCGGCCGCCUCAGCCACGGGCCACGGAUUCGGAGCCCUUGUGUCCCAGAUCUCAGAGUUUCCACAGUCAACUGAGCACGACCGCACCGAGCCAGCCGGCGCCAACGUCAACGCCGAGCAACCUGCUGUCGUUCCUGGAUCACGUGAUCUCGCGGCACAACCCGCCGAAUCGCCACCCAGAGUCGCCGGCGACCCACGCCACCCGCCUGGCGCUGCUGGCCCAGGUGGGGCAGGUGCUGAGGGGGGCCCGGCCCCGCUGCCCCAUGCAGCAGGCGUCCUACGGGGCCCUCGACGACCCCGUGACGAGGCACGGGCGCCAGGCACAGGAGCUGCGGGGACUCAGGCGCAGAGAACUUGUUGAAUUCCAGAAGAUCUACAAUGACAAAGGAACCUGUGCCAACCUUUUGGUUAUGGAAAAAAUGCUGAAUCAGGUGAAACGGGAAGCACGUCUGGUGCACUACUGCCUGACUCCGCUCCUGUUCAGCCCCACCUGGCGUCUCAAAGUGGCGCAAGUCAGGGACCACACGCUGGACACCCACGCUUCGAUCUUCGACAUUGCCGGGCAGCAGGACCCGGCUUUGAACCAGCGCAUGCGGCACAGCUCAGGCGGAAGCCAGAAGGGCGUCGGAGACGUCGGAGCGGGCGGGGCGGCAGGACGCGGGGGCGCUCGGGCCCGCCGCUCGAGCGGUGCGCCAAGCACCACGCCGGCGUCUGGGGGCCAGGGGUCGCCCAAGCACCGGCGGAGCACCAACGAGGAGACAUGGCACAUGACGGUCUGCGGCCAUUACAUCCAGGAGUACAUCCAGUACCUGCAGAACCUUGGCUUCAUGGCGAUCCAGACCCGGCACGCGGCCUCCCGCAAGUCCAGCAUGGUGUCAAUGCGGCGCCGCGAGUCGGACGCCCUCGGCUGCCCGUUGCGCAAGAAGUCGAGCGUGGGUGCGAACGCGCUCUCGCUGGGGGUGCUGCCCCAGCACUGCCUGUUCCAGUGGCACCUGGGAGGGUUGUACUUCUUCGAGGUAGGGUUCUGGGACCCCUACGUCGCGUGCAACCUCUUCCUCGUGGAGCGCCAGCGCCUGCUUCCCGGAGGCACCUCGCUCUACAUGUCCCAGGUGACCUCCGAGUUCAUCGAGGACAUGGACAAGAUCCGGGUGAACAUGCACAUGCACUCGUUCACGUACGACUACCACCUGCGCACAAUCCACUCGUACGUGUCGGGGCAGCAGCUGCUCUUCAAGCACGGCUACCACCUGACCAGCUUCCUGGACGACUUCGUCAAGUACUACCAGAAGUCGCCCAACUACGCCCGCAACCUCAUCCACGCCGGAUCGGUAGUGAUUCCCAGUCUGAACGUGGCCCCAAACCAGCUGUACAACUACAUCAUUGGCCACAACAAGCUGUACGGGAUGAAGGUGAUUCGCAUGGUGCCCGUCGUGUGUGACGACAGCACGGAUCUGGACACGGAGUAUGCGCUGGUGGAGAUCUCGAACAAGAAGGUGAGCUACCGGGACGCCAACGACGUCCAGCAGACGGACAACUUCUUUGUGGGCAUCCUGACCAUCCACGACACCUCGCCCGCCUUCGUGGAGCACGGUGUGCUGGCACUGGGCUUUUACAUCUUGCUCACGAGCCAGCGGGAGCUCUUCCCCAAGUUCACCAGUGCGGGCCCGCUGGCCUCCUCGGCCUCGCUCGAGGGGCAGGACGAGAACGCCGAGGGCUGCUUCCGGCCCGUCCGUGCGUCCACCUUGACGGCAGGCGGCUCGCAGCCGGCCAGUGGCGGUCCCUCCCGUCGCAGCUCACAGACGUCAUUUGUUGCUCCGGACCGCAGCCGUCUGCCGCAGCUUGUGGUGUCACCGGAGGACACCAACGUCACCAUCGGCAUUCCGUCUGUGUCAUCGUCUGGAUCCAUUUCCAGCAGUACUGCUGGGGGAACCAGGUCCAGGAAAGGGUCGUUCAGGGGAAUCUGCGAGGAGGAGGUGGCUUACCUGGGCUACUACAGUUCCCACGAGACUCUAAUGCAAAAGGUGAUGUCGGAGCAGGCGGCGUCCGUUGCGGAGCACCUGAGGGCGGUGGUGGCGAAGGCGUCCCUGCACUGCCGCCGAGACUACUUGUGGAAGUGCCUCACCUGCCGCCACAAGGCCUCCGACGACACCAGCGCCGGCACCAGGGAGAACGUGGUACGCCCGACCCUCAGCUACACGGAGCUGACGGAGCUCCUGGGCUAUGUGGAGAUGGCCCCCUUGGACGAGGCAGACCCCCAGCUGAAACCCCUGAUGUCGAUGCACUUUGCCUGGUACCAGGGGCUCCUCAGGGUCCUGGUGGUGCGGUACAGCGAGAACCACUCACUCUUCACCAGUCCUGACGGGUCCAUACACCACCUGGUCGUCAUGUCACCGACCUGCGCAGAUUCCUUCAUGCUGCUGACCACAAAUGCCCAAACCAGCCGGGCGGAGCUGCGAUUGGUGCACCGGGAUGCCGCCUCGACAGAGAGAACCGGUGCAGACAAGUCCAGCUCCAGUCUUUCAACACUGCACUCCUUGGUGGAAGAGUUUGUCAGCACGUGCAGUUUCCACCUCUGGGCAGGCCUGCUGUGCUGAUGCAUUGUUCGAGGUCUCCAAACUGAACACCCGUCAAAGCUCUUGACCGAGUCAAAAACGACGUGUCUGUGGCUGUUUGUAUUUCUGUGACACCCAGUGACCUGUGCGUUUGUGCGAUGGAACUGCAACGAUCAUCAGGGGAGUGGUGGGAAGAAAUCACUCAUAGUGAAUGCGACUGGUUAAUUUACAUUUUGAUUUGCGCUACACAUUUGUCACCCUCCGACAUCCCGUGCCAUUGCUUGUAAGCAAGCAAAAAGUCGGGGAUGUGUUGCAUGGGGUCAUUUUUACGAGUUUCUUUAAGGGAUAUGUUUUACAUGGAUUCUGAAGAAACAAGUUGCCGGAUUUAAGUGGCAGUGCAAUAGUGUUGUAUAUAGAAAGGAUCAUGUUAAAAGUGUACAGGAUUUGUUGUGUGUGUGCAUCUUUUCCAGCGAGUUUUGAAGUGUAUUAUAAAUAAAAACGUUGCAAGG